AUGAUGCACAUAGAAAUUCAGAAGGUUCCCUUUGACUGGUAUCUGCAGUUUAACUCCUGGCUUCCAAGUACUCCACAAGAAUUUUCGAAACUUGGUCAAGUUUUACAGUUUAGCGAUGCGGAUCAGUUUCGUCUACCAAGUCGAUUUCAGGAUGAAGAUGAGGGUUAUGAAACAAGAAAAGGAAUUGCCUAUGUUAAUCGAUUUUCAAUUACUGGCCCAAAAACUGUCUUAGAAAGUAUUGAUGUUCAAGAUUGGUUGGUACUUCGAGUAAAAGAUGGUGCAACAUCAAAUGAGGUACGUGGUGGUCCAGCGGAUGCAUUAAUUGCAUUUGCAACACAACCUGCUGGAUCGUUACUCUAUCAAGAGGCAUUCCUGACAACAUAUCGAACAUUUGUUUCCUCCUAUGAAUUGAUACAAAAGCUCAUCAAAAGGUAUAGUUUUUUUUGUCAAGGCAUAAGAAAAAGAAAACGGAACACGUUCCUAAGUACAUAAAU